UGCAAGCGCAGAAAUUUCCACAAGUAUAUUUUACGUGUAUACGCGUUACGCUAUGGAUAGAAAUGAUUUCCAUAUCCAAUCUCGGCGAAAAGCCGAAAAUCUUCUUCCUCGCCAUGAUAGUGUGUUGUUCUUCCCCUCCGUUCACGUGAUUCACCUUCCGGCCCCACGUGUUUUCCGCCGUCUACGGCGCUAUUCAGCUCCCACGCUUCCUCUGAUUCUUUGCCCGAUGUUUAAACUUCUCGAGAAUCACCCUUCCCCCAUUCCCGGAUCCAGGUCACGUUCCUAUACGUCUAUACGCAUUUCUGUUUGUUCAGUUUUAUUUGGGGAUUGGGUUUUCAGUGUGAUUCGUUUUCACGAUUGGGGUGUGCUUGAAAUGCUGAUCUGAAUGUUGGUCUUGUGAGUUUUUGAGUUCUGGGUGCGUUUAAUUUAGUGAUUUGUAGCACUUGAGCUCAAAAGCUGGCAUUUUUCGUGUUUGUUUUGUGUAUUUCUUGCCCAGGAAAGGCGAAAUUCCUAGCCCGGACCUUACAUCUCGACCUUAUAGAUAGAAUUUGUGAAAGAAGGAUUUGUAUAGGUGGUAAGUCACGGUGAUUCAGCGGACCAUUAGGUGGAAGGACCAGUUUGUUUUCUUUGAUUUAUGAAAAGAAUGGAGAUUUCUGGGGGGUUAAGCCCAAGAACGAGCUCAGGUGCAAGGGAAAAGCCAAAGGGAAUGGACUCAAAUCUCCAGAAUUUGGAAUGGGAAGUGAGCAACAGUGGGUCAGCAUUGGAUCACCAUUUUCACUCCUUGAAUGCUGUUGAAAUUCUGAGAGAAACAGUGUGGAUUCUUAGGUACAAUUUGAUGGGGUUCUUGUCCAUUGCUGCCUUGUUGAUUUGCCCAGUGUCUGCUGUGGCUUUGUCCAAUGUCUUGGUUGAUCAAUCCAUGGUGAAGAUCCUCACAAUUAGGCUUUUGCUUGUGGCAAAGUCCAGUGGGCUUUCCCUAAGGCCUUUUGUUAGGCAGUCUGUUCAGAAGUUCUCAGAGAUGGUGAUUUCGAGUGCAAUGUGUUUCCCUCUGUAUGUCGUGUUCUUGCUGCUGUCGAAAGCCGCAAUUGUUUACUCGGUGGAUUGUACUUAUUCCCGGAGAAAGUUCAAUCCUUCGAAGUUUUUCGUGAUCAUUACCAAGAUUUGGAAGCGGGUGGUUGUGACUUAUUUGUGGGCGUGCUGUUUGAUUUCUGGUUGCCUCAUGCUGUUCCUCGUGCUCCUUGUUGUUGUGUGCUCCACUUUUUCGAUCAUGGGGUUCCCUUCGGACUUGAUCUUGUACCCUGCAAUGGUAGUUGGGAUGAUCUUCUCGAUAAUCUUGGCGAACUGUACUAUUAUUUGUAGUGUUGCAGUUGUGAUUUCGGUGUUGGAGGAAGUCUCGGGGCCUCAGGCGUUGCUUAGGUCGAGCUCCCUCAUCAAGGGGCAGACUCAAGUCGGGCUCCUUAUAUUUCUAGGAUCAACAAUCGGGAAUGCAUUCGUGGAGGGCCUGUUCGAGCAUAGAGUGAAGGCUCUGAGCUAUGCCGAUGGGUCUUCAAGGGCAUGGGAGGGGCCUCUUUUGGUGAUAAUGUACUCAUUCAUGCUGCUAAUUGAUUCCAUGAUGAGUACCGUUUUCUACUUCAGCUGUAAAUCGUAUAGAAUGGAACGAGCAAACGAGGAGAGCCAACCCGUUCUUGAAGCCUUGGCCAUUCCAUAGGUGUUAACAGAAACCCUAGAUUAACAAUUUGUUUUCAAUGACAAUGCAGGCCGCUUAUCAUGAGAAAACGCUAGCUGCCAUCUGAAAGUUAUUUAUGUCAAUAUCGAGCCUGCCUCUCGUGCUACAAAUAUUGGAAAUGGAUUGAACUAUAUCGGCCCGAGAUCUGCAGUCUGCAGCCAUUCCAGGUGAAGAAAAUCGGGUUAACAGAACAUCCUUAGUGUAACUUUGCUCGAGAACUGAGAGUACAGACCUUUUUUGUUUUCAUUGACAGAAACAUAGAUUCCCCGGAGUUAGAUCUGUAACUUUUGUUUGUCUCCUAUGAUGCAUAGGAUAGAUAUGGGGAAAACGUUUUGUUCUCAGAGAAACAAAAUCUCUGUUUGUAGUUGCUUCUUCUGAUUUCAAAUGGCAAAAUGGUUCAUUGGUUCUCUUUU